GUAGCCCUGUUAACAACCCUCAACACCACCACCACCAUCACUGGUCGCUGCGUGUCUUCACUCUUAUUAACUAUCUAGACAGACUUGUGGGAGCUGAGCUUAUAUUUCAUAUACUGAAGUAACCUAUAACAAUCAUGCCUUCAGGUGGUGAGGAAGUGUUUUCCAACCCAUUGGCACCACCAGGGGAAACUGUUAUUGAUGAAAGGCCACAACGCCUCACCAAUGCAGACUUUCGAAAAUUGUUAAUGACUCCUCGUGCUCCGCCUGGGAGUCAGAAAGAAACAGUUUCUUCUGCCGGAACCAAAACUUCCAGUACUGAGCCACCUACUCAACGCCGUGAAAAUAAAGAUGAUGUUCGAGCUGCUGAGAGAAAGAAAAAAAAGAGUUACUAUGCCAAGAUCAAGAAGGAAGAGGAAGAAAAAAUGGCUGAGUUGGCAGAGAAAUACCGUGACAGAGCUAAAGAAAGACGUGAAGGGAAAAAUCCCGACUAUCAAGCAGAAGAUCCUUCUCAAGCUGGUAUGGGAGGUUACCGUGCUGUUGCUCCAGAUCUGAAAUCUGGUUUGGACGCUGCUGAACGUCGUAAGCAAAUGAUCCAAGAGUCCAAGUUCUUGGGUGGUGACAUGGAGCAUACUCAUUUAGUAAAAGGCUUAGAUUAUGCAUUGUUGCAGAAGGUACGAUCAGAAAUCCAAAUUAAGGAAUCUGAAGUUUUAGUGGAAAUUGAGCGACCCAUUUCCUCUGAUGCACCAAAGGAGAAGAAGCCACCACCUCCAGUUGUUCCUCAGCAGGAGGAGGAUGAGCUGGUAUUCAAGACAAAUAUUGGUCGACGCAUUUUCACAAGCAUUUUCAACACGAAGCCUGCCGAAUUCAAUGAUUUGUUCCUCACUGGUCGUAUGGCAUAUGCUAUUGAUCUUGAUGAUGAAGUUGCAGAAAGUGAUAUUCCUACAACUGUAAUUCGUUCCAAAGCUGACUUACAGGGCAUUGAGAAUAUGCAAGCAACAUUUACAACAAAUGACAUCGUAAUUCAGAAGCUUACUCAGAUUUUGUCAUACCUCCGCACUGGAAGAGCCAACAAGAAACAAAAAAAGAAGGACAAAGGAAAAAGUGAAGCUGCAGGAAAGGCUGGCGGUGACGAGAGUAUUUAUGGAGAUAUUGGAGACUAUGUUCCAUCUGUUGGGAAAGCCAGUGACCGAGAUAAAGAUCGUGGAGAUCGUGACCGUGAAAGGGGAAGGGACAGAGAUCGUGAACGUGACCGAAGAGACAGGGAAAAAGAAAGAGGAGAUCGUGAUAGAGAUAGAGAAAAGGAUCGACGUGACCGUGACAGAGACAGAGACAGAGAUCGUGAUAGACACGAUCGAGAUAGAGAACAUGACAGAGAACGAAAACCUCGCUCCUACUUCAGUCGCUCAGCACACGAAGAAGUAAAGAAUGAAUUACGUGCUGCAGAGGAAAGAUUACAAUCUCAGUGGCCCACUGGAGCAGAUGUAAAAGCAGACAAACAAGUACCUCAGGUGCCCCAGCCAUCACAGCAACAGCUGACACAACAGCAACAACCACAGCAACAACAAGCUUCAUCACAGCAGCAGCAGCAACAACAGCAACAACCAAAGUCGGUAAACAGUCUGUUGGUGGGGGAUGACUACUACACAGAGUGCUACCCUGGAAUGGCAGAGAUGCAGGAUGCCAUUGAUGAUUCAGAUGAUGAAGCUGAUUACACUAAGAUGGAUAUGGGUAAUAAAAAAGGCCCUGUUGGACGUUGGGACUUUGAUACACAAGAAGAAUACAGUGAUUACAUGAACCAACGAGAAGCCAUGCCUAAAGCUGCUUUCCAGUAUGGUGUGAAAAUGGCAGAUGGCCGAAAGACUCGCCGUAUUGGAGGAAACAAAGAGAAAGAUCGGAAUGCUGAAUUGAAUAGAGAGUGGCAACAGAUCCAGCAGAUCCUUAAGAGACGCAAAGACACUGACGGGGCCUCAGGUGUUCCGGAAAAGGCUCCAAGGUAUGAGUAUUAACAAAUUGACAGUGAAUACAAACUCCCAUGAGUUGUAAAUAUAAGUUAAACUUUGCAGUUUAUUGUAAGUUAUAUACAUGGUAUUGAGUUGUAUUUGGUUAAUUUGAAGAACACCAACUUUUAGUGUUAGUACAUUAAGCCAUCAUGAUCUCUAGCAGUUUGAUAUGUAGUGUUGGAAUACAAAUGUUUAUGUAGUGUGUUCACAAAUUUUUGUUUGAUUUUUUCAGUAUAGUAUUUAGGUAAUUUGACAUUAUGUAUCAUUCAGUAAUUAGCAGAUAAUGUUAUGAGCUAAGUUUGUGAUUUUAGGUACAGUACUUAUACUACUGUAUCAUGUAUCUACUCUUGUAUAUUAUAUAAGUGUAAGACAGAAAUUAAAAUGUCAGACAAAAUGAUAAAUUUAUUAAACUUAUAUAGCAGUGCAACAGAAAAUUAUUUAAGGUACUUUAGGUAUUUAACAGCUGCUGUCUUCAAUAUAUUUCUAUAAAUUG